GUACACCAGCGACUCAGGAUGCCACCGAAAGCGAGCGGAAAAGCCGUCAAGAAGGCCGGCAAGGCCCAGAAGAACAUCACCAAGGGCGACAAGAAGAAGAAGCGCAGGAGGAAGGAGAGUUAUGCCAUCUACAUCUACAAGGUGCUGAAACAGGUCCACCCCGACACCGGCGUCUCCAGCAAGGCCAUGUCCAUCAUGAACAGCUUCGUGAACGACAUAUUCGAGCGCAUAGCCGCCGAAGCUUCCCGCCUGGCCCACUACAACAAGCGGUCGACCAUCACGUCGCGGGAGAUCCAGACCGCCGUCAGGCUCCUGUUGCCCGGCGAGUUGGCCAAGCACGCCGUGAGCGAGGGUACCAAGGCCGUGACCAAGUACACCAGCUCCAAGUAAGCCGGCCGGCAGGCCAGCGCCCCGCAACGAGCGAGCCCGCUCCGCACAAACGGCCUUUCUAAAGGCCACCAA